AUGGUUAAAACACGAUCUUCAGCGCGGGUAGUUAACGCGUCCCAGAGUGUGCCCGCCGAAAAUGGAAACUCCUCCGAACUUAGGACGCGGCUCAAAACCACUGAAAAUGGACAUCGCUCGCAAAAGAAUUACCACUCUAGGAACAGCCAGGCGUUGCCGUCGAGCGGCGUGGGCCCCGGUAGCGGGUCCCAGGGCAAGGACCCACUGGCGCCCGCGCUGCAGAGCUCCCGCUCUAUGUACCAGCACCCCGCCGUCACCGGUUACAACCCGCAGGACGCGCGCGCUCAGUCCCUGCCAGUGACGGCGCGCACUGCGCAGGCGCGGCAAAGCCCGAUGUACGCGGGCGGCAUGUACCAUGGAUACUCAAGCCCCGCCGGGGCCGCAGCCCUGGCGCCGAUGGCCUCGCCCUCGGCCUCCGCCGCCCUGUCGCCGUUCCCCGUGCACCCGGACGUCAAGUUCAAGAAACUUCCGUUCUACGAUGUGAUGGCGGAACUAUUGAAGCCGUCGACGAUGAUGCCAAUUCAGUCUGGCCGAAUGCAGGAAGGCACCUUCGCAUUCCACCUCACGCCACAACAAGCCACAGAGAUAGCCUCCGGCAAGGAUAUCGUCGGGACUAGUAAUAAACUUGACUACGUCAUACAGGCACAGCUGAGAUUCUGCCUGCUAGAAACUUCUUGUGAACAGGAAGACUAUUUUCCGCCUAGUGUUAAUGUUAAAGUAAACAAUAAAAUGUGUCCGUUACCAAACCCAAUACCUACGAACAAACCUACACCGGAGCCGAAGAGACCACCGAGGCCAGUCAACAUCUCGUCGCUGGUGAAACUGUCACCUACGGUUUCCAACACCAUCCAGGUGACGUGGGCGGCCGAUUUCACGCGGGCAUACGUGCUGAGCGUGUUCCUCGUGAGGAAACUCACCUCCGCGGAGCUCCUGCAGCGUCUCAAGAAUAAGGGAACCAAGAAUCCCGACUACACACGAUCGCUGAUCAAAGAGAAACUGUCAGAAGAUUAUGACAAUGAGAUAGCAACAACUUCCCUCCGGGUGUCACUGAUGUGCCCUUUGGGUAAAAUGCGGAUGUCGUGCCCGUGUCGGCCCGCGAACUGCCCGCAUCUGCAGUGCUUCGACGCGUCACUGUUCUUACAGAUGAACGAACGGAAACCCACAUGGCUGUGUCCUGUCUGUGAUAGGCCCGCACCAUAUGACUCAUUAGUUGUGGACGGAUAUUUCCUGGAGGUGUUGACGUCAUCGCGGCUCGCGAGUGAUUGCAAUGAGAUCCAGCUGCACGCCGACGGCAGCUGGUCGGCGCAUUCGCCGCCACCGCGCGCCCCGCAGGCCGCGCAGCCCGUCGCCGAGCCUGUCACGCUGAUCCCGGACGAUCUCGAAAUAAUACCAGUAGAUGGAAGCGGCGGGGGCGCGAAGAGGGUGGCGGUAGGGGAAGGGCGCACACCGAAACCCGCAGAACUGCUUGUGGACCUCACAUCCGACUCCGACGACGAAGUGCCCCUCAAGAGGAAAGUGCCACUGCCGAAACACUCGCCGCCAAUCCUGGAAUCAAACAUAAAGACUGAUGACUACGCCUCUUCUAACGCGUCGGAGGCGGUGUCGUCGAGCGGCUACCGUUCGCCGAGCGCGUGCGGCGCGGCGUGCGGCGUCAUCUCGCUGGACAGCCCGUCGCCGCCGGCGCCCGCGUCGCCGCCCGCCGCGCCCCCCCUCCCCGCCCACACCGGCCCGCCCGCGCCCCCCGAGCGCCAGCACAGCGCGCCCGCCGACCUCUGUACAAGUAACAACACUGAACGUGAAGAUAACGAAACAGCGCCCACGCACUGGACGCCAUAUGACACAGACCGAGAGUCCCAUGACAUGUUGCGAAGGUAC